UGUGUAUGUUUCUCUCUCUCUUCCUCUUUAACAUCCCUCCUCUCUUUUUUUUCCUCCACUCCAGACCACCAUGAUGAAAUUCGUGGCUCUCGCUCUUCUCCUGGCAGUCGGCUCCCAGGCCGCUUCCCUGCAGGCUGAUGCCCCCUCCCAGCUGGACCACAUCAGGUCCGUUGUGGAUCUCUACCUGACGCAGGCAAAGGACGGUGCCAUCAAAGCUCUGGACCAGCUCGAUGACACUCCAUACCAGGAAAUGAAGGCUAACCUGGCUCAGCGCCUGCAGGACAUGCACAGCAACAUCAAGGCGAUGCAGGCCCAGGUCUCCCCCAUGACCGACAGCUUCGUCUCCACCGUCGCCGACGCCACCGCCGAACUCCGCGCCACCCUCACGGCCGACAUCGACGCUCUGAGAGCCGACCUGGAGCCCAAGCGCGAGAAGCUGAGGGAGGUGCUGGAGAAGCACAUGGAGGAGUACCGCACCCACCUGGAGCCGGUGGUCAAGGAGCACUACGCCAGGCACAACGCCGAGAUGGAGGCUCUGAGGGCCAAGCUGGAGCCCGUCAUGGAGGAGCUGCGCCAGAAGGUCGCCACCAACGUGGAGGAGACCAAAGCGGCCCUCAUGCCCAUCGUGGAGUCCGUGCGCGCCAAGCUCACCGAGCGCCUGGAGACCCUGAGGGCGGCGGCGGCCCCUCACGUGGAGGAGUACAAACAGCAGAUGAUGCAGCUCUACAACCAGGCGCAGGGCGUCAACGCCGAGGAGCUCACCGCCCUGAAGGAGAAGCUGGCUCCGCUGGCAGAGGACAUUAGGGCCAAGCUCGCCGCCAUGGUCGGCGUCAUCACCGAAACCUUCAACAAAAACUAAAUCCUCUCUUUCCCUCCCUUUAACUAACCUCGCCUUCCAGGCUGAUCCAUCUAAGCUGUCUCUUAUGCUCUUUCUACCCCCCCACCCCCACCCCCCGCCUCCCUCCCACAAACAGACCACCUCAGAAGUGAAGCUGGUGCCUAACUUAUGAACGAACAUGGCGGAACUUCCUCUCCUCCGAGCACACACGCAAGCACGCGCACAGAGGCACAUCCACACUCAACACACACACACAUACACACGCCAGCGCGCCUUUGUCUUUUCAUGCCAUCUGCUAACAUGUUGUGUAUGAAUUGUGUGUGAAUUGCCACACGGGCUUGAAUCUCUGUGUAAUAAAUGGUAACUGUGCUUUGAUGAAAAAAAAAAUACAGCUCAAUAAACAUCUGACUGUUUAUAAAACUGUC